UAUACAUUUCAUGUGUUAUUUUGAAUUUCUCAUGUAGUCUUGUGAUUGAUAUUAUGGUUAUAAAUUGCACCGGUCUUCUAGAUUAUUAUCAUUUGAAGUUGAAGUCACAUAUGUCUAAAACGUGAAUGACACGAUGGUGAUGAGCCCUAGUCAAACACUCCUCUCGUUUACUAUUUUUAGAACAUUCAGCAUUUCAGUCUAUAAAUUAUACACGUAUAAUUUUUUUAUUAUUAGAAAAUAAUCUAUAUUCAUCCACUAGAAAUUAAAACUUAUUUUUUAAAUCGUAUCAUAACUAUUCAACUAUAGUGUCUGGAUGUUCCUGUGUUGUCUUCACAUACAAGUCACCGCCAAGCAAAAAAACAACCUGGAAACUGUGAAAGAAAAAUCUACAAGUUGUAUUGGUGAUAAUAAAGUAAGGACUCAAAAGGAGUAGACUUUGUACAUUUUUGUGUUUCUGUUAUAUUAAUCGCAACUUCGCACGUUGUCUGAGUUAUUUUCCAUGAUGGUGAUACGCUGACGAUUUUGAGAAACCAAAAAAAAACGAGAAGAGAAGAAGAUGAGAGCUCAUCGCUCUCUCUUUCUCUGCCUUUUUUGUGCCCUUGCCACCGUCAGUUUAGUUCACGGCCAAAGCCAAACAGGUUAUAUCAGCAUCGAUUGUGGAGCACCUCUUAAAGGUAUCGAGAGAGACAUUGUCACUGGUAUCAGCUACACCUCCGACGAUGAUUUCAUCACCACCGGCGUAAACUUCAACGUCUCUAAAGAAUACAAUUACCCUAAAAACCCUAACUUACCCUACGUUCUUGCUGAUUUAAAAGCUUUCCCUCAAGGAAACAGAAACUGCUACUCCUUAAAACCUUCAGAUGCAAAAGACAGUCUCUACCUCAUCAGAGCUUCUUUCAUGUACGGAAACUACGACGGUGGUGUCAACGAAAAGGCCUUGCCCGAGUUCGAUCUUUACCUGAACGUUAACUUCUGGUCGACAGUGAAGUUCAAGAACGCUUCUGAGAAAGUCUUUAAAGAGAUCCUGACCUAUACAGAGUCAGAGUUUUUAUACGUUUGCCUUGUGAAUAAAGGUAAAGGAACUCCUUUUAUCUCAGGCUUGGAGCUAAGGCCAGUGAACAGCUCAAUCUACAAUACUGAAUAUGGAAGAAACGUCUCAUUGGUGUUAUACCAAAGAUGGGACAUAGGAUACUUGAACGGAACAGGACGGUACCAAAACGAUGUGUAUGAUCGUAUCUGGUCUCCUUACACUCCCGUUUCUUGGAAUUCAAUUAGAACAACUGGGUACAUCGAUGUUUUUCAAAGCGGUUAUAGCCCACCUGAUGAGGUUAUCAAGACAGCUGCUUCGCCUAAAAGCGAAGAUGAUCCAAUGGAACUGUCAUGGACAUCAGAUGAUACAAAUGCUAGGUUCUACGCAUAUCUUUACUUUGCGGAACUCGAAACGCUUAAGGCUAAUGAGAGUAGGAAGAUGGAGAUAUGGUGGAACGGUUCCCCUUUUUCAGAAGAUCCUUUCAUUUCUCCUUUUGAGUAUUCAACGACUCUGUCUGCUUCAAGAUCAUUUACUGGUGAUCACUUGAUAUCUCUUCAGAAGACAGAAGAUUCAACACUUCCACCAAUGCUCAAUGCCAUUGAGAUUUUUACAGCGCAAUCUCUAGAUGAAUUUUCCACCGCGGUAGAAGAAGGUGUGUGUUUCAUGAUCUUUCUUAUUCUUGAUUUUCUAGUGAAAAUUUACAUUUUAUACAACGUUAAUGCAGUUUACGCGAUAGAAAACAUAAAAUCUCUUUAUAAAGUCAAAAAAGUUUGGAGUGGUGAUCCUUGUGCUCCAAGACUAUACCCUUGGGAAGGUGUUGGAUGCAUCUACAAUAAUAACAAUCAUCAUAUCAAGUCUUUGAAUCUUAGCUCAAGUGGGUUACAAGGACCAAUAGUAAUGGCGUUUAGAAAUCUCUCCCUUCUUGAGUCAUUGGAUUUAUCUAACAACGAUCUACAACAUAAUGUGCCUGAGUUUUUGGCUGAUCUAAAACAUUUGAAAUCACUGAAUUUGAAAGGAAAUAACUUCACUGGGGUUAUCCCAAAAUCUCUUAUGAAAAAAUGGCAGGAGGGUUUACUUGCACUCAGUGUGGAUGACAAAAACCGUUGUAACUCAAGCUCAUGUCAAGAAAAGAAGAAGAACAACAUGGUAGUGCCAAUAGCUGCAGCCACAUCAGUGAUAGUUCUCCUUGUGGUUUUGCUGAUCAUAUGGAUCAUACUAAGGCAAAGAAAAAGAGUUUCAGGAGCCGAUGCAGGACCAGGACCAAUCCCCCCUCCAGGAAAGAGAAGGUUUGGAGAAAAUGCAGGACCAGGACCACUCCUGCCCUCAGGGAAGAGAAGGUUCACAUAUGAUGAAGUCUCUAGCAUCACAAACAACUUCAAUAAAGUGAUAGGUAAAGGAGGGUUUGGUAUUGUCUACCUUGGCUCCCUCGAAGAUGGAGCUAAAAUUGCUGUAAAGAUGAUUAAGGAUUCUUUAUCUACAAUACCUAAUGUAACAUCAUCAUCAUCGUCAUCAACACGAGCUUCCAAAGAAUUCCAAACCGAGGCAGAGCUUCUUUUGACAGUCCAUCACAGGAACCUAGCAUCGUUUGUUGGUUACUGCGACGAUGAACGCAGUACAGCUCUCAUCUAUGAAUACAUGGCCAAUGGCAACUUGCAGGAUUAUCUAUCAAGUGAGAAAGCAGAGGAUCUUAGCUGGGAGAAGAGACUCCAUAUAGCCAUUGACGCUGCACAAGGGUUGGAGUAUUUGCACCAAGGUUGCAGGCCACCAAUAAUACACAGAGAUGUUAAAACAGCAAACAUUCUAUUAAACGAUAACUUGGAAGCCAAGAUUGCUGAUUUUGGGGUUUCUAAGGUCUUCCCUGAUGACGAUCUCACCCACGUAGAGACUGCUGUCAUGGGCACUCCCGGCUACAUUGAUCCUGAAUACUACAGAACGUUCAUGUUGAACGAGAAGAGCGACGUGUACAGUUUCGGGAUCGUGCUUCUUGAACUCAUCACCGGUCAGCGAGCCAUCGUGAGAACAAAAGAGGGAGAAAAAAUAAGCGUCAUCCACUUCGUCGAGCCUUUCUUGGAGACUGGAGAGCUUGACGGCGUCGUGGACCCGCUGCUUCACGGAGACUACUCACCGGACUCAGCAUGGAAAUUUGUGGAGGUGGCAAUGUCUUGCGUCAGAGAAAGAGGGUUUAACAGACCAGCAAUGAACCAGGUCGUGUCUGAGCUACAACAGUGCUUAGCUGCUGAGCUGGCUCAUGAGCCAGAGAGAUCAUCAGAAGGAAAUGGUGACAGAGAAGUAGACUAAGCAAAAAAAUUUAUUUGACAACUAAGGAAAAUUAAUUAAAAUGAUGUUUGAUCGUUUAUUCUCUUUUUGUGUGUGUUCAUAUAUAUGAUUGAUUCUAAUUUCUUUAAUACUCUAUUUUAAUUUAUAAAUUCCCUUUGUGUUUUUGUUUAUGAGAGAUAUAUAUAUAAUAUAUAUAUAUAUAUAGAUAAUUAAAAUAGCAAGUUUUGAUUCUAAUUUCUUUAAUACUCUAUUUUAAUUUAUAAAUUCCCUUUGUGUUUUUGUUUAUGAGAUAUAUAUAUAUAUAUAUAUAUAUAUAUAUAUAUCUAUUAUUAAAAGAGAAGUACCCAUUUAAAAAUACCAUUAAGUUUUCUAGCUUAUUUACAAUUCCAUGCCACUGAGAAUUAAAUUAAACUAUAUAUUUUAAUGCUUGUCUUUUCCAGUUAAAUUAAUGAGUUUUCCUUAAUCAAAUUUAAACUUAAUGUCAUUAAAUAAACCUACCUAUUUUAAUGCUUGUCUUUUCCAGUUAAAUUAAUGAGUUUUUCUUAAUCAAAUUUAAACUUAAUGUCAUUAAAUGAACCUAAAAAUACAUCAUAUUUAACGUAGUUUAUUACGUACGAGUACGGCCCAAUAAUGAACUUGAAUUUUAUUUUUACGAAAACGUGAAUCACUUGACUUUUGUAAUAUUUAAAAUAUAUUAACUACAAUAUAACAAAUGCAUAUAACCUACCUAUACUUUAGUUUGAAAUGAUCAUGUUCAAGUUUUAUAUAGUUAACUUAUAUCAUGCA